AUUGGAAGUCAUUGAUAAAGGUUAUAGAUACUUGAGCUAGAUCUCAUUUCUGCUGCUUCUGUAGUGUAUAGAAAUACUAUAUCCACUGUAGUUAGAUGAAUCGUAUUAAACUUGUACCGUCUAAUGGUUAGAGUACUGGCUUGCCAUGGAUUCACAGUUUACCCACUCCUUGAAUUUUUUCAGUGCUUUGUAAAUUAAAUGUAUAAAAACAAUUUUUUUUUUUCAAUGCACUGGCUGUCUUCCACCAAGGCAGGGUGACACAAAAAGAAAAACUUUUACAUGUAUUCAAAGAGGAGAAGGGGUUACUAGCCGCACAAAAUCAAAUUGUUAUACUGUACUACAUUAUAUAAACAUUACCGAGUCAAGGAAACAGCAGUUGAAAUCUCACCUUUCUUGAACUGUUGAUACCCAAAAAGUAUGAACCCAUCACGUGUUCACCAAACAACCAUAGAUGGUACCAAAAAUAAAUGCACUUGAUGAAGACAUGGACAAGGAAAACUAUAAAUGUUCUUUACAGAUCCAGGAAAAUGUAUGGUUUUGUACAGUUCAGUCAAAUGAUGUUAUUUACACACUAUGCCCAAUACAUUACUUAAAAACUAUUAAACUAGAAAGGUUACCUAUCAUAUAUUUUAGGAUAGAGUAUAAUUAUUAUUUUUUUUCUGUUGUUGUUCAGUGUUUUUGACACCUCUGUCAUGCAUGUACCAGUGCUACCUUUUUUAUUGUUUUAAGAUUGUAAAUUUUUUCUGAAUUUUGGAUUUGUAACUGCUCAACCCCACAUCAGCAGCAUGUGCUGACUUAUCAGUGCUGGACUCACGUGAGACGAAAAAGAUCCAAAGAAAGUUUUUAAUAUGCUAAUGUGUUUCAGUUCCCCUCUGCCACCACUUCCAUCAGACAAGGGAGCAGUCAGUACCAGUUCAUCUUCUACAUCUGGUCACUCUUCACAGAGAUCAUCACAAGCUUCUUCCCUUUAUGCUCACUUUCAUUCUGCAUCUCAUGAUGAUGAGUUGUAUGCCAAACCUCAGGAAUGGGAUUCUGGAAUAGGGAGUCAGCGAGAUUCUCGACCACGCUCGGCCUACAUCUCAGAUAGUCGAGGAUCAUCACCGAAGUCACUUUCAAAAUCUCUCAACAAUGAUUACAUGAUUGUGCCUCCUCCAAAAUUAAGCGAUGAAAGUCAAAGGUGGCGGCAUUCUCGGCCUCCAAGCCCCCACACAACAAGAAGUUCUGGCAUACAUGACUCAUUAAAUACCUCCUGGAGUGAUUCUCAUGGUUCUGAAGAGUCAUUACCUCCACUACCUCCUAGAGUUGGUGAGAGACAAACUAGAUCAGUAAGUCUUGGUGGGGAGGAUGAUGCUCCUCCACCUGUACUGCCCAAGAGGAUGGGUAAGAAGUGUGCGUCGCCUGCCAUGUUUGGGUGUGAUCAGCUCGUUGGUGAUGGUGUGGAUGGAUGCAGCAGUAGCGGCGGUGGCCUCAGUAACGGCUUUCCUGCCUCCACCCCUGGCACUCCUCCGUUGCUCUCCCCACGCAACCACCGCACUCCACCACCACCACCUAUACCUCCUAAAUCCAUUUCUACCCCACUUACACCACUCUCACCACCCACAUGCUUCUCACUUAAUACUUCUGCUGAAGAUCUAACUCCAACUAUGCCAACUAAUUUGUACAUUGGGACCCUAGAUGAAACACAACACAGUCUCCUUGAGAACUACUCUGUGCCCCCACGACUCCAACCACAUCCUCCGCCUUCUCCAUAAACAAUAUUUAUAUAACUAUACUACUACCUAUUUUAGUAGUGCAUCAUACUUGUUUUCUUGACAAAAUUACUGUUUUUCCACCUUGAAUUAAUUUAGUUUUUAUAAGCAUUGUACCCAGUUUGCUUAAUUUUGUAUCCCAAAGAUUUUUCCAUAUCUUUCUAAAAGAAAGUUUAAUUCUUUUUAACUUUUGUACUCUUAUCUAAAUUUAUUGAAGUCAUACAUAUUUUUUCACCUGACAUUUUAUAUUGUCACACCCAGUCAUCCAUUAGCUAUUACCUUAAAAAAAUCAUUGAACAAAUCACUUAAGUUUUCACAAAGCAUCAGAUAAUAUUUUUAAUUUAUUUUGUAUUUAUUAUUUCUUGAUAAAUCUUUUUUACCACUUUAGCCUUACCGUUAUUGUUUGCUCUUUGAUCUCUUAAAUGACCCUCAGUCACAUAAGCACAAAAUUUGUUGUAAAUGUUUUCUGUUUAUGUAGAAAAACAAUUAGCAUGUCACUCAGUCAGUUGAGCAUGUAGUUGUCAGUAGCUGUAUAUUUACUUUGCACUAUUUUUUUAGUACUUCCCACAGAAACUUUUAACAUAGCAUAUUAUCUUUUAUAUCCUCUUAUUAUAACAGUACAUUUUAUAAACUUUCUCUUCUUGUCUGAGUCAUUUGGUCUUAUUUACACUGUUACAUAUGUUCUUCUGAUUCAGCUUAAAUGUUGAUGAUAUGUAAUAUGCUAUACAUACUGUAUCUGCUGAAACACCAAUGCUAUGCCUCACUGCCUGCCUAAACACUUUUUUUUUCAUUUGCUUGCAUAUUCUAGACAGUGCUCCCUUAUGGUUAUAAGAAUCUACUGUACACUUUAUAUAGUCUAGCUAUUUCUUUUUCACUCUUUUGUAGGGCCUCUUCUUUUUCAUUGGUCUAAAAGUGACAUACAUUAAAUGCACUUUUGAAAUAAAAUCAUUGUUAUGAAAUGGAAAGCCUAAAUAAUUCACUUAAAAAAAUUGACUGACAAAAAUUAGAGUAAUUAUUUUAAGAGAAUCUUGCGUUUAGCCUGGGGCUCAUCCAUCUUGUUUUGUUCCACUCGUAAGUUUAUGAUACAGUGUCACAAACAUGUUUGCACUCAUGAUCUCUUAAUAAAAAUGUGAUGAAAACCUGUCUUUAGAAUGGGGAAUUUGAGAAAAUAGAACUAUAGCAAUUAUUAUGUAUUUUGUCUUCAGACUUUCUGUUCACACAUAACUAGGUGUAAGUCUAAAUGAUAAAAGUAAUUUGACUUUUUAAUAAUGCAGUUUGGAUUUUUCUGAAAUGAAAAAGAAAUGGCCUUAAACUCUUUUAAAAAACUAUACAUUCACUUGUAACAACAUUUAUGUCCUUCCAAUAAGCAGUUCCAUCAUCUACUUACAUACAGUGAGCUGCACUUUUCUCUCAUUUACAUUUUCUCAUUUUCUUCUCAUCAGGAAAAUUUUAAAUUUGUGAAUGACACUUUUGAGUUUCUUAUUCUCUCUUAAAUAUUCUUUAUUAUAAUUUGUCUCUAGCCCUCUAAUAAUUUCAUAACUCUUAAAUAUCCUUUCACUUGUUUUACUUUUCUCAUUCAAAAGUAUUUUUUCUUGUCCUAAUAUUCUUUGCCUUGUCUUAUAUCUCUUUAAAAAUCUGUCCUUUUAAUAUUCUUUAUCUUGUUAUGCCUCUCCAUUUAAAAAUCAUUCUUGUCUCAGUAUUCUUUGUUGUGUCUUACCUUUAUGUCUUUAAACCUUUCUAAUAUUAUUUGAAUAAUAUUUCCUCGUUAUCCUUAAACAGUUUUCCUCUUCCUUCUCUCUGAAAACCUUGUCUUUCCUAUGAAUUUAUCUUUAUACAUUAUAAAUAAACAAAUUGUUUAUCUUGUACAUUUUUAAAUGACCCCCUAUCCCACUUUUUUCAUUUUUAUUAGUAAUGUAAACAUAUUUCUCCACUUGUUAACAUACUGAUCUAAAAUCUUAACAAUGCAAUUCAUAUAUGAUUUCCUCUUGUUUGCUCAAUGCAUAUAUUGGCUUAAAAUUGCAGCCAAAAGUUCUCUCUUAAUCUUGGCCAUACAAAUAUUGAAUGGACUAAUUUUAAUUGUAUUCCAUGUGCAUAUAUUUCCCAUAAGAAAUAUUUUUGGUAAUACAAUUCCAGUAGUUUUAUAAGUUUUUUAAAUUGUUAUAAAGGAAUCUCAUAAAAUAUUUUUGUUAUGGAUGACAUUAAUAACAAUCAAAUUAAUUUAGAUUAAUCAAAGUAACAUAACUCAAUAUUUUGCUUUUCAUUUCCAAAUUUUUAUUUUUCAUUACUAUGUAACAAGUUUGUAUUGUCAAGAUUUGGUACUAUGGUAUAUAUGCUUAAUAGAUUGCUGUGUGUGAUAAUAGUUGGUUUCACUUUGAAUAUGAACAAGAGCAUGUCAACCCUUCAUUAUGCUCUUCAUGAUUAAGGAUUACUACAGAAACAUUUGUUAAAGUCACUAGCAAAACAGAACCAGAAUCUCUCAGAAGUACAAUUUAGUAUUACAGCUUGUGGUUUGAACUCAUCUGUUUUUGAGGUUGAACCUGUAUACUAAUGCCUGAAGAAGAACUGUUGUGUGAUUGAAGCGUUGUUGCUUUAAUCAAACUACUCCUUCUGUUAGACAAUAAUAUUAUUGAUACUUGAAGCCACCUGUAACAAAAUUGACUUGAAUGGUGCAAGUCUUGAAAUACAUAUCAGUAUGACAGUUAACUUAGGUUUAAUUGUUAGCUUCAUUGUAACCACUUGAUAUUUACCCUUAUAGCUUGUAUAUAUACAGCAUACUGUAUAUAUCUAUAUGUGCAGGCCAAAAAUACAAACAACUUGUGAUACACUAGUUCACCUAAAACAACAAAUCAUUUGGGAUUGACCUUGCUGCUAGAUAUAUGAAUAUAUAUAAUACAACACAAAAUUGUCCACGGCACCCCUCAAAAUAAAUUUUUUAUGAAAUUUAAGGUUAUACUCGCCAAUAGUUGCGGUCUUUUUCUUCCGAAUUCUUAUGCAUUAAUAUAUACACAGUUUGUAGAUAAUUAUUUAAGAAUCAUUUAUUGUAAGUGAAUGAACUGGUGAUAAUGCUGAUACAUUGUGUGUCACCCCAGAAGCUGCAUGUACUUGUGUUCACCACCUAUGAGGGAGGACUCAUCCAUACAGUUUUUAUGUUCUCUACCUCCUUCAUUUUUUCCUUUCCCUCUUCAUCAUUAAGGUUUAAAUGUGAGCAAACAAGUUAGUGUUGACAUAUUUCUAUCCAUUGCGCCUCAUCUUGGGAGUCUUGUGUACUAGUCGUGUCUGCCACCUAUGAGCAAGUGGUCUGGUUAUGUUGCUUAAUCUAAUCUCCUGUACAGUGCAGCCCUCAUAUAAUAUUCAGAGUUGCAGUGCUAUUUAUUAGAUUUCACAUGUACUCAGCAGUAACUGUCUCACCCCUGAAAUGUCUGUACCACUUUUAUAAGUGCACAGGUGAGAGUAAAUCAGUUGUUGCCUGCAUUGGUAGUCAAUACAGGCAAUAUUUACAUAGCCUCUACCUCCCUUCCUCUAUUUGAACCAUUAUAAUUAAAACUUGAAGAAACCAGAGAUUAUGUUGAUUUUGUACAUACAGCACAUGUAGCAUCCUAGGAUGCAUAUGUACACUUUGUGUCCACCAGAUUGGGAGGACUGACAUACUUAAUGUUUUCAUAUCCUUUGCUUCUCUCCCUCCCUUGUAAAAGUAUCCUUCCUAUUAAAAUAAAACUAGCAUGCUGAAUAUGAGUAGAAUUAAAAUUUUUGGUUCAUAUCUUUUGAACAAUAACAAGUUAUUUUAUGAUAAAUGUGAUGUGCUAUUCUCUGUGGGUUCACAUGUUGCAGAAUUGUAGAUUGUAAACAAACUGAUGUGCCACAUAUUGGCUUAAAAAUUACUAAUACUGUUACCAAGCAUACAGUGGCCCUGAUAAACUGCUACACAUUAAGCAAAUUAAGAACACUAGUUUGCUUAUUUUCAUUUAGUUGUUUUAGCACUUUUUGCUAGAAGUGGCUUCAUUUUACAGGUGAACUAAUGCACCUUAAUAUGCUAUCUAACCACAAUAAAAGAGCAACUAAUUCCAAGUACUUUGUCAAGGCAGGUUCAUAGGUGAGGUUCAGUCCUGUAUAUAAGGUGCCUAUUGCUAGUUUCCUUCACUAUGUUCCUUAAGAAUGUGAUUGAUACAUCACAUAGAAUCUAUUUCCUUUUCUGUGGUCUGCAUAUUAAGGUAUCACAUGUUCUUUGCAAUUGUGUUCUGCAUUUACUUUACAUUCAUGCAUACAAAAUACAUACACACAUAUAUACAUACAAGAUAAAUGUAUUUACAAAUAGCCCACACAUAGGAGAGGAACCUUUUGAUGAUGUUUCAGUCCAUUCUGUACCAUUGUCAAGUCACAACUGGAUGGAUUAAAACUUCAUCAUAAGGGUUUCUUUCUUACGUGUGGUUAUAUUGAAGUGUUCCAGCCAUGGUAUUGAGACCUCUUACUCAAUAUACAUACACACAGGAUACAUAUAUACAUACAUACAGUAUAUAUAAAUAUAUAAAUAAAAUAUGCUGUAAAUGUUAUCUUGCCUACAUAACGCAUGUACAGUAAUUAUAUAUCCACAAUAACUCAUUUCAUUGCUACAGGUAAUAUUUUAGACAUACAUAGUCAUGUACUAUUAAUUUUUGAAAGGAUGACGAUGAUGCUUAGAUUUGGAAAAUGUUCACCCAGAUUGCUACAUCCGAUUCUUAAGAGAAACCACUAUGGACUCUAGUCAGUGCCGAAGACAAACUGAGGCCGAGUAUAGGGCUAGUUUAGUUCUGUGUUAGACAGAAUUACUAGUUUCUGGACUAUUAGUGUGUAAUUGUUUUAACUGCAAAAGUUGAUAAGAUAAAUGCAAUUAGUACACAUCAUAUAUGAAUGAUUCAGUAUUAUUUGUGUACUAGAAAAAUUAAAGAGGUUUAUAAAAUAUUUUUCUUAUUUUUUAUGUGUUUUGUAUAUCUUCAGUACUAUAUUGUUUUAUAAUAAGUUUUAUAUUAAGCAAGCUGAGCAAUUAGCUGUAUAGUCAAGCCAAAUCCAUUGUUUACUAUCUAGCAUACUGAAAAGGAAUAUUAACUCCAGAAACUUUUCUUAAGGCUGUCCUAAAAUGUUUCACAUAGUAUCUGUCUCAGUAAGACAAAUGCCAUGUAAUUUUUAAGGUAAUUUGUUUUCAUGCUUUUUACAUGACCGAGGAGAAUAUUUUAUGAAAUGUCUAGAUAAUUCAUACACACAAGCCUAAAAUGUUUCUGCUUAUUUAUAUUUCUUGUUUAUUACUGGUGUAAUAACAAAAGAUAAUGGUAUAAUGAAACAAAUAAAGAGGUAGCUUUUU